AGCAAAUAAUUGCCCAAUUUGAAUUUAGCCAUGUUUCUGUAAAUUAUUUCCUUUUUGCUCUGUGAGAUAAGGCUUCCUAUAAAUAAAGUACCAUUUUUCUUGUGAGAAUCCAUCAGAAAGAACUCAAUUUUUCAGGAGCUUUGCAAUAUAGCACCGCCUAAAUAAGUGAACUAUGAAGUUCUACAACUGCAUGUUGUUAUUGUCGCUGGUACUCUGUGUCAGUGCCCAGAACUGGUUCACUGAUGCUGGAGCAUUCAUAAGGGAUGCUUAUCGAGGCGCUGAGGAUAUGUGGCGUGCAUACAGCGACAUGCGGGAAGCGAAUUAUAAAAAUGCAGAUAAAUAUUUCCAUGCUCGUGGGAAUUAUGAUGCUGCCCAAAGAGGGCCUGGCGGUAAAUGGAUAGCAGAAGUUAUUAGUGAUGCUAGGGAACGUUGGCAAGGUGGCAAUAGUGGCAGAGGAGCAGAAGACACACGUCAAGACCAGGAGGCAAAUGCAUGGGGCAGAAGUGGAGGAGACCCAAACCGCUACAGACCAGAGGGCCUUCCCACGAAAUACUAAUGCAGUCUGCAAUACUUUACAAUGGUUCAAAUUUUCUACCAUCUGUGCAAAACCACAAUAAAUACAAUCUUAAAUUUC